CAACAUAUUCCACGAUAUAAGCGGGCACAGUUUUAWUAUCAAAGUCACUCUACGACACAACACGACGCUAUUCAGCUUAAAUUCAAGUCUGAACGGCUGUCAUACAUUUUCUAGACUAGUGAAAAAGUUGUUUGAGAGAGCUAGAAUGCGGCUCUUUCGRUUUUUGUUUGUAUUAGCGAUUGUUUUGGUUGGGAAUGUASAAUCUCUGGAGCAAGAAGACGACAACGGCAGACAAGAUCAUGAAGGAAAACUAACUGAAAUAUUUGCCGUGGAACUAGACCAAGAUGACGAAAAGCUCGCUCGUGAUGUGGCAGAGCAAUAUGGAUAUGAAUAUGGAGGUCAAAUUCCGAAUUUAUCCGGACAUUUCAAAUUUAUAAGAAAGACAAUUCAUGCCGAAGGCGACGAGAAGAGAGGUGAUAUACCUCGUCCGAGCCUCAGAGAACAUCCAAAUGUAAAAUGGCACGAGCAACAACGAGAACUCAUUCUUGAAAAGAGAGGAUACAAAGAAUACAGCGAUAGCCAGAAUGAUUUCCUUGAAUAUUCGGAGAGUGAGAAGCUCAAAGAAAGUAAUAUUCACUUCUGCGAUGAUCUCAUGUUCCCCAAGCAAUGGUACAUCAACAGUGAGGGUCAAGUACCUGGGGUAGAUCGCGGCCAUGAUAUGGGAAUUUUAAAAGCAUGGAAAAUGGGAUAUACAGGGAAGGGAAUUGUCGCUACAGUAAUGGAUGAUGGGCUAGACCACACGAACAUUGACCUUAAGAAAAACUUCGAUCUGCGCGCGAGCCGUGACAUUAAUGGCCACGAUUCAGAYCCACAACCUAGGGACGCCAGUGACCAGUAUCAUGGCACAAAAUGUUCAGGAGAAAUAGCAGCAGAGGCAAAUAACAGUUUUUGCGGCGUAGGCCUUGCACCUGAUGUUAAAAUUGGAGGGAUUCGUAUGUUAGAUGGGUCGGUAACUGGAAUAACAGAAAAUGAAGCYUUUGGAUUCAACUCGGAUUACAUAGAUAUAUACAGCGCUUCAUGGGGACCAAGAGACAACGGUGAAGUUCUUGCUGGUCCUUCAAGUCUUGGGAAAAAGGCGCUACAGCGGGGCGCAAUAAAGGGAAGAAAGGGAAAAGGUUCAAUCUACGUCUGGGCGAGUGGUAAUGGAGGAGCUUUCAAGGAUAAUUGUGGGUGCGACGGGUAUGCGUCUAGCAUCUACACUAUUGCUGUCGGCUCGGUGGGUUCUCACGGAAAGACAACGUACUAUGAUGAAGUUUGUGCGGCGACAAUGGCUGUUGUGUAUAGUGGUGAUGAUACCAUUGGUUCUCAGCCCCUUGUAACAACUGCUCGUGGGAAAGACGGAUGCAUUCCUCAUUUUGGUGGAACAUCGGCAGCCGCUCCCUUAGCAGUUGGAAUCUUUGCUCUAGUACUACAAGCCAACCCUAACCUAACAUGGCGCGAUUUGCAACACAUUAUCACAAAAACCUCCAAGAUAGACAAUCURGACACUACGGACAGCAGCUGGAAAACCAAUGCAGCAGGAUUCAAAGUCAGCUCCAAGUUCGGUUUUGGACUUCUCUAUGCUCCAGCUUUGAUUGAAACCGCGUUGAAAUGGAAAACAGUCCCGACUCAGCGAGUUUGUACGAUCRAAGGAAAAAUAAMACGAAAGGAGCCGCUUAAACGAGACAGCAAAAUCACCACAACUUUGACCUCAGACGCGUGUAAAGGUACCGAGAACGARAUAACYAAGUUGGAGCACAUACAAGUUGUUAUCAACCUCCGACACCGACAUCGCGGUGUCUUGAGCAUCAACAUCGGGGCACCUUCCAAUACACAAAGCCAGUUAUUGUCGAUCCGACCUCACGAUAAAUCAACCAAGGGCGUCUCAAAUUGGCCGUUCAUGUCUGUGCAUUUUUGGGGGGAGAACCCAGCAGGAACCUGGACUCUCACCAUUAGAGACAAUACUAAAAUCACUGAUAAAAGAUACACUUCGCACAGGUCGUUCGAUGAGRGCAAGAUUCAAGAACGAUCAGACGCAGAACAAGACCCAGUAGAUGACCUUUUCAAAUUACCAGAAUCAGACGAAUCAUACCAGAGACCAUUCCGUCACGAAAUCGAACUCCAGGAUGAAGUAGAAGCUGAUGAAAGCGAGGAUGAAGGACGAAGAGACUACACCAGAGAGGAAGACGAAAGUUAUAACAUAUUCGAUGUUCGCAGCGAUGUUUAUGGCGAGUUAGACUCGUGGUCGCUWGUACAGUACGGUACUGGUGCAUAAUCAACGCUUGGUAUAACAAUACGGUAUCUAUGUAAUACAGCAAUUUAGAAAUUAAGGUUGUAAGAGCAAACUGUGAAUGCACGACCGAAAGUUACUAUGGGUAUUCAUUAUUGAUGGAAAUAUUCACACAUCAAAGGCACCUAUUACUACUGUUUUCAUAAAGUAGAGAUCUCCAAUAAGGCUUGUUUGUUUUGUCUAUUUUUUUCAUGCAAACUAAGGAAUAUUAUCCAUCAAAAUUCCAAUACAUAUAGUAACUUUGGGUCGUUCAAUGGGGUUUUUCUGAGAUUUUGCAUUGCAUUGUGAUCUAGAUUCGCGUUCAAACAUGUUUUGUUCAUGCGGCCAAAUAUGGCAUUGUUUGUACUGAAGCUAGACCACAAUGCACCCUGAUUUUUCAGAAAAGAUUCAGAAAAGAUCUAUGGCCGUUCAGCUCGGAGGACCUUUUCUUAAAAUGUUAUACCCAGUCAUUUGAUUAAAACUUGUUACAAUGUUUGGUCUUAUCCCCACGUGACUAAGCCGAAAGGCAUUAUGGGUAGAAGACUUUCAACGUUUGAAUAUUAAUUAUUGUGAAUCUUGGAGAAAAGGAGGUGAGAAGUUUUGAUCCGUUUAGCCACGUGCGGUUAAUGAUCAGCGAAACAAUAUUCAAUCAAAAGACUGUGGUACAUAUAUAUAACUCUGCAACAGCAAUGCAUUCUGGUAGGUAACCCAUAAUUUACAGUSGAAGGAACUUUAAACAAGAAGUAAACUUCUGAAACUUCUACGUCACUUACUUGRUUUGCAAUGAAUUGUGUGAUCAGUUUCUGGAGAAAACAAAAGAAAUCUGUCAUGUUCUGACCCAAACAUAUCCUACAAUGUAUUGCAUAUACGGUAUGUGAAGUAAGAGCUUCAGAGGUCUAUYAUUCCUCGAUUCAGUCCUGAACACUUGGAUUUAUGUGGUUAUUACUGAAUCUUUGGAAAAUUUAUCACCUUUGCGCAUGCUCUAAAUUGUCGCCCGAGCCAAUCCCACAUGGCUAAUAGAAUAAGCAGGUCUUGRCUUAUUAGACAGAUACUGGUCUUUCUUCAAAAAUCCAUAAAGAGUAUUUCACAUGUUAUGUACAUAUGUACAGAUACGUUACGGAUAUUGCAUGGGACCAGCAUCGAUAUAUUGACCUGAACUAAACUACAAUAGCUACAAUAGCUUUAGGCAAAAAUUACCUUAAUUUCAUACAAACAUACUUUGAGUUCUCGCUCCCAGAAUACGCAUUCCUGUUGCAGAGAUAUUUUGAUGUGGGYAUAUCUUUGUAGUCCCCAAACUUGAUAUAACUCUCGAUAAUGCACUUUUGUGCAAAAGUAAUUGUAGCAUCAACGGUCGCUUUAUCGCGAGAGGAUCAUUGCAAUAUUAUUCUCAUAUCAUAAAAAAAUAUUCUCUGGUAAAUUGUAAAUUAUGUAUUUGGGAGGUUCUUGUUAUUUAAAAGGAAUUAUUCUUUAUUUAAAAUUCUUAGUUUUAUUCCUUAAAAGGAAGCUAUGCUAUUAUCAUGGGAAACGUACGCGAUUGGAACGAACAAAAAAAAAUAUUGAAAUAUUUUUUCAUCCUUCCCAAAUCCUUAAAAAUCAAAUUCAAUCAYAUUGACAUUCAUUUCUGCAAGAGGUCUUCUUAAAAUAAUCUUUUUCACGGUUCCCUGCGCCAUCUUGAAAGGUAGCCGUGCCUUUACAUCGAAGCAAGACAAUCGUUGAGCAUGCAAUGAKAGAAACCUUCUUUCACACCUAAGGACAAUUAUUCACAGGUAUCUAUCAUUGCACGCUCAACGGUUCUCUCGCUUCGAUGUAAAGGCACGGCUACCUUUCUAGAUGGCGCAGGGAAACGCGAAGGAGACUAUUUCGAAUUAGACGACACAACCUUUGACUGCUACCAUCGCAUGCAACCUGCGUCAGUCAUCAUUAGAACAUGGCUACAACUGUCGUGGGGCUAUUAAGCAAUUGUUUUAAAUCUGUACGACAGUUGUAGCCAUGGUGUAAGAAUUACUUACGCAGGUUGCAUGCGAGGGUUGUAGGCAAAAGUUGUGUAAUCUAAUUCGGCCUUAAGGCAGUUUACACGGUUUACGAUUGUCGCGUGCAACUUGUAGUAUACGACUUUCCUAAGUCAAGUGGUAGUUCAAAAUCCUUCUACAAGAAACGUGCAACAACUAUCGAAAAACGAAAAAAAUUUCACGGAUUUGAGGCACAUGGUCAAUGAACGAUACAAACUCUACGAGGCAACGAGAUAUAAUGAUCCAUCGAUAAAUGGUAAGAAAGAUAUAAUGUUACAGAACAGAAGAGACUAUUUUUUUAGAUUCUCGUAUUAUAAGCAUUAAUGUAAAUGACAGGGUAACAAUGACUGACUGUAAAACCUGGCCUAAUUAAAUCAUAACAACGAUUUUUUUUCWUUUGUUUCGUUUUAUUCUUUUUUUGUUUUUUGUUUUCCUUGUUUUUUUGUUGUUUCCUUCAUUUUUUUUUUGUUUGGUUUAAAAUUUUUGUGUUUUUUUUUCUUUAGUCACUGAUUCAUAAUAGACAUGACUUGAUAAACAUAUCGAAACCAGAUUUUACUGUCAGUUCAUAAAAUGUGGUUCUUAAUAAUUCAAAAAUUGUAGAUUAAGGGUUGAUAUAUUAAUUGAAAGAAAUAAAAAAUAAUGCAAAAUGAAAA